AUGGUUAGAAGCGGACGAGACCGUGAUAGGGAUCGCGAUCGCAGGCGUUCCCACAGCCGCUCUGCUUCACCAGAUCGUAAACGCAGACGUUCCCGAUCGCGAAGUAGAGAUCGCACUUCUAAGACUUCUAAAAGAAAACGUAGCCGUAGCAGGGACAGGGAGUCUAAGAGAGACCGAAGCAGAGACAGAGACAGAGAUAGGGAUAGAAAAAGUGAUAAACGCGAUGACAAACGGAAUGGCUCCGGUAGUAAGUCGUCAAGGAAGAAGUCUCCUGAAAAGGAUAGGACCAAAGAAAGGUCUAAGUCAAAGGAAAAAUCAAUAAAAACGGAAUCAAGUGAAUAUAACAUAGGCUCUGUUGAUAAGGAAGAAGAGCAAAGCCGUCUAGAAGCAGAGAUGCAGAAGCGACGAGACCGCAUUGAGCGCUGGCGUGCAGAACGAAAACGUAAGGAACUGGAAACUGCAAAGAAGGAAGUACAGAAAGGUAGCUUGGUUACUAACAUUCAGACGGCAGCUGUAAAGAAAUGGUCAUUGGAAGAUGAUUCUGGUGAUGAAGGUGAAGAUGGAGAGGCCAAAGAGAAGCAAAAUGCUGAAGAGAAAAAGGAAGAAGAGGAUGAAAUCGAUCCUCUGGAUGCUUACAUGCAGGAAGUGCAACAAGAAGUACGGAAGGUAAAUCAAUUGGAUCAGUCAAGAGGUUUAAUAAGUGUUCCGUCUGGAGGUGGUACUGGUGUGGUCAUUCUUACUGGAACGGCUAAAAAGAAGGUCACAGAACAAAAGAAUAAAGGUGAAUUAAUAGAACAGAACCAAGAUGGGUUAGAAUAUUCGUCAGAGGAAGAAACUGAAGAUAUUAAAGAUGCUGCGGCAACUUAUGCUUCUAAACAAAGGAAGGAGCUAGCCAAAGUUGAUCAUGCUAGUUUACACUAUAUGCCUUUCAGGAAAGCGUUUUAUACUGAGGUGAAUGAAUUAGCAAGAAUGACUCCAGAAGAAGUAGAAGCAUACAGAACAGAGUUAGAGGGUAUACGUGUUAAGGGCAAGGGAUGUCCGAAGCCAAUAAGAACAUGGGCGCAUUGUGGUAUUAGUAAGAAAGAGAUGGAUAUAUUAAAGAAAUUGAAUUUUGAGAAACCAACGCCCAUACAGGCUCAAGCCAUACCAGCUAUUAUGUCUGGAAGGGAUUUAAUAGGUAUAGCUAAAACGGGUUCGGGUAAAACAUUAGCUUUUAUAUUACCAAUGUUUCGCCAUGUUCUCGAUCAACCGCCGCUAGAGGAUACAGAUGGACCAAUAACUCUCAUAAUGUCACCCACCAGAGAAUUAUGUAUGCAAAUCGGCAAAGAUAUCAAGAAGUUUGCUAAAUCUUUGGGAUUGAGAGUUGUAUGUGUGUACGGUGGUACGGGCAUAUCAGAACAGAUUGCGGAGUUGAAACGCGGUGCCGAAAUUAUAGUCUGCACGCCGGGUCGGAUGAUCGACAUGCUGGCUGCAAACUCGGGCCGUGUGACUAAUUUGCGUCGGGUAACGUACGUUGUUCUCGACGAGGCGGACCGUAUGUUCGACAUGGGCUUCGAACCGCAGGUAAUGAAGAUCAUAGACAAUGUGCGACCGGACCGACAAACUGUGAUGUUCAGUGCUACAUUCCCGAGGCAAAUGGAGGCACUCGCUCGCCGUAUACUGCAGAAGCCUAUUGAAAUACAGGUCGGUGGCAGAAGCGUAGUAUGUAAGGAAGUGGAACAGCAUGUAGCAAUUCUGGAAGAGGACGCGAAGUUCUUCAAGUUGUUAGAACUGUUAGGAUUAUACAGCCAGAUGGGCAGCAUUAUAGUGUUUGUGGAUAAACAGGAGAAUGCCGAUAGCCUGCUAAAAGACCUCAUGAAGGCGUCUUAUUCUUGUAUGAGUUUGCAUGGAGGCAUUGAUCAAUUCGACAGGGACUCGACGAUAGUGGACUUUAAGUCGGGCAAGGUGCGGCUGCUGGUGGCCACCAGUGUGGCGGCGCGCGGCCUCGACGUUAAGCAGCUUGUGCUCGUCGUCAACUACGACUGCCCCAACCACUACGAGGACUACGUGCACAGAUGCGGUCGUACAGGCCGGGCGGGUAACAAAGGCUACGCUUGGACAUUCCUCACGCCGGAGCAAGGCCGCUACGCGGGCGACGUGUUACGAGCGUUCGAGCUGGCUGGUGCUACGCCGCCGCCGGAAUUGCGACAGUUGUGGGAACGUUACAAAGAGGCGCAAGAGAAAGAGGGCAAAAAAGUGCAUACCGGAGGAGGUUUUAGUGGUAAAGGUUUUAAAUUCGACGAAUCUGAGGCUCAAGCUGCAUCGGAAAAAAAGAAGUAUCAAAAAGCUGCGCUAGGGCUCCAGGAUUCUGAUGACGAAGACGUGGAAGGCGAUUUGGAUCAACAAAUAGAGACUAUGCUAGCUGCUAAGAAGAUUGUUAAGGAAAUCAAGCCGGGCGCGGUGGGUGCGGUGGGCGCGGCGGGCGGCGCGGGCGCGGGCGCGGACGGCAAGCUGGAGCUGGCACGGCGCCUGGCCUCGCGCAUCAACCUGGCCAAGGGGCUCGGCGUCGAGCACAAGGGCGCCACGCAGCAGGCCGCCGAGGCCAUCCUCAAGGGCUCGCUGUCCGCGCACACGCUCAUCACGGCGAAGACCGUUGCGGAGCAGUUGGCUGCAAAGCUGAACACGCGGCUGAACUACCAGCCGCGCGACGAGAGCAACGCCGAGCCAGCCGAGGAGGUGUUCCGCAAGUACGAGACCGAGCUCGAGAUCAACGACUUCCCGCAGCAGGCGCGCUGGAGGGUCACCAGCAAGGAGGCGCUAGCAUUAAUCAGCGAGUAUUCAGAAGCAGGGAUAACUGUACGCGGUACGUACGUACCGCCGGGCAAAGCACCGCCAGAGGGCGAACGGAAAUUAUACCUCGCGAUAGAGAGCUCACAAGAACUAGCGGUCGCUAAAGCGAAGUCUGAAAUAACGCGCCUCAUCAAAGAAGAACUGCUCAAACUCCAGUCCUCCGCCCAUCACAUGAUUAAUAAAGCAAGAUAUAAAGUUAUAUAG